AAUAUAUAUAGAUGGGUGGGUUAAGGAGGUUGAGCGAGGACCGGCCGAGUGGGAUAAAUUGACAAUAAUUUAAUUUUAUGAUGGGAGAAACGGGAACAUCAACCAUUAGGAUUAGAAUUUGAAUUGGAUGGAGUAGUUUGUAUUUUGUAGUGGAGGCUGGACGAGAGGUGGGACAAAUUUUGCUCAAGCGUGCAGAAAGCCUUGUCUGUUUGCGCUGAGUCUGCUCUGCUCCUUCAAUUUCAACAAGCAGGUGCAGCCGUGCAGGUCCAGGUCAGUCAGGUUGUUGAACUUUGAAGGAAGGGAAUCUCAACAACAAGAAAGAGGAAUCAAGAGGAUACCACCAUCCAUUACCCAUAGGCAGACUUCUCUGUAUUACUAGAGAGAGAGAGAGAGAAAGAAAGAGAGACGGAUGGGAGGAGGAGGAGGGGCAUCAUCAAAACUGAGAAAAGCAGCAAAGAAAAUGGCGGUGGCUGCUGCAAAUGCAUGUGGUGGUUCCUUUUCCCGCAGGAAGACCAUCGUCUCCGAUCAUACCAACACUACCACUCCCACUAUCUCAGGUUCUUCAGCCGUGUCUCCAACAAACCCAACGAAUGUCCAACCAGCAACAGCAGCAGCAAAAGAAGAAGAAGUUUCCAAAGAAAGGGAAAUGACAAUCAAUUAUAGCAAUGUGCCUUAUGCUAAGAGUUUGUGCGCAAUAUGUCUAGACCCUCUGAGUUACCAUAGCAAGGGGAGCAGCCCAGGGCAGGCUAUAUUCACGGCCCAGUGCUCCCAUGCUUUCCACUUUUCCUGCAUCUCCUCCAAUGUUCGCCAUGGUAGUGUUACCUGCCCCAUUUGCCGAGCCCAUUGGACCCAGCUGCCCCGCAAUCUGAACCCACCUUGGGGUUCCCUGUCUUCUUGCAACCGAGCUGACCCUAUCUUCCAAAUCCUGGAUGACUCUAUUGCCACUUUCCGCAUCCACAGGCGCUCAUUCUUGCGCUCUGCUCACUAUGAUGAUGACGACCCAAUUGAGCCCGAUCACGUCUCUAGUUUCCCCCGUCUCCAAUUCUCUUUGAUACCCAUCCCACAUAGUGCACCCCCUAGUUUGUUUACUCCAUAUUCAUACCAUCCGCCCCCACAUCACCUAAGCUGUAGCUCCUCAUCAUUGUUACAAUCACCAACCAGGCCAAAGUCUUAUACUAUGUGUGCCUUCUCAGACAGAGCAUACCUUUCUGUGAAAUUAGCAAAUCAACGAGCAACAGACUUGGUGUUGGUUGCUAGCCCCAAUGGGCCGCACUUGAGGCUUCUCAAGCAGUGCAUGGCAUUGGUGGUUUUUUCCCUUAGACCAAUUGAUCGUUUGGCCAUUGUUACCUACUCAUCAGCUGCUGCUCGCGUCUUCCCUUUGAGACGCAUGACAUCUUAUGGAAAGCGAACAGCCCAACAGGUUAUUGAUCGUCUGUUCUACAUGGGGCAAGCAGAUCCCGUGGAAGGGAUCAAGAAGGGGAUAAAGAUACUUGAAGAUCGUGCAUACAAGAACCCAGAGUGUGGCAUCCUGCAUCUGUCUGACAGCCCAAUGCGAUCCUACCAUGCUGCAAUGGACAUGGAUGUGCCGAUUCCAGUCCAUCGCUUCCAUGUAGGAUUUGGAUUUGGCACUUCGAAUGGAUAUAUCAUGCAUGAGUUUGAAGAUUUGCUAAGAAGAAUCCUAGGCGGCAUGAUUAGAGAAAUUGAGUUGAGGAUGAGAAUAGGGGAGGAAGCCAGCAGAAGCAGUCGGAUCGUGAGAAUAGGAGAGCUAAGAGGAGGUGAAGAAAAGAAAAUCUUGGUGGACUUGGGCGUGUGUGAACAUAUUUGUGUGGGAUAUAGCUACAUUGAGGAGGGUGAUGAGAUGACAACAGGGGAAACAGUGGCGAAGGUAGGACUAGGAGAUGAUGUUGGUAAGAGUAGUAGUAGUAGUAGUAGUAAUGCAACGGUUAGAGGAGGACGGGGAGGAUUUGCUUGUGGUGCUGCAUCAGGGACGAGUGGUGCAAUCAUCGGCGGGAGGUCUAGUACAAGUACUAGUAGUGUAGAAAGUUGGGACUACCAUGACGCUUACAUGGCUAGAAGAUGGGCCAAGCAUUUGCAUGCCUACAGGCUUUGAAUCAAUUAAUCCAUUCUUGACAUUUCACACUAGGUCUCGAUGGAUGGGCGUAGUAUUGCAUGCUUCAUUUUGCUAGGAAGGAACCACACUAUACUUUGUUAUAUUCAAACUUACAAAUCAAAUGUUUCAUUUUAUUUCUAUCAA